GGUGCAAUGAUAAUGUGGCAUCACUGGGUAGCACAGCAGGGGUAGCUGAAACACACAAAGGACCCAGGCCAGGAAUUGCUUUAAAAGUCCUCAGGAAGCAGAGGCUGUGUCAUUCCUUUCAGAUAGGUCACAAGGAACUGAUCCUCUGUUGUUCAAGGACAGGCUGUCAGCCAGAAAGCAACCAGAAGGAUCUGCUACUCAGAGGCAGCUUAGAGGAAUCAGCCUUUCUUAGGAAGAUUUGCAGCCUGCUCGGGCUCUGUUGUUGUGGAAUAUACCAUCCUGCCCCUGCAGUUUAGCCUUGUACAGAUAUAUUAAUCUCUUUUUGCUAGGAGGGAAAAAAAAACUUUGUACUUUUGAAGAGCCAGAAAGCAUCACUUUGGAAGUAUUCUUUGAAAUAAAAUAUCUGCAGAAGUCGGAGCACGUGGACUACUAAGCUCGAUCAGAUAAAGAACUUUUCUUGGAAAUAAUCACCGUGAUUGAAAACCUCAAGGGUCCUCGAUGCACCUGCACAGUCCUUCCCUGAUGGCUGACGGAAGCUUCUCUCUGUCUGGACAUCUGCUCAGGAGCCCAGGAGGGAACCCGUCCAGGCUGCACAGCAUAGAGGCCAUCUUGGGGUUUUCCAAAGAGGAUAGUGUCCUGGGCUCAUUUCAGACUGAGGUCAGUCCCAGAAAUGCCAAAGAAGUGGACAAGAGGAGCUCUCGACACUGUCUACACAAAAUGACGGAAGAAAUUCAUCCCCAACAAGAGCAUUUAGAAGAUGGGCAGAGUGAUGGCUAUGGAGAUCCAUACUCAGGAAAGACCUCAAGUGAGUGCCUGAGCCCAGGCUUGUCCACCUCCAACAACAGUGACAAUAAACUCUCCGAUGAUGAACAACAGCCCAAGAAGAAACACAGACGGAACCGGACAACAUUCACAACUUACCAACUACACGAGCUGGAGAGGGCGUUCGAGAAGUCCCACUACCCCGACGUCUACAGCCGAGAAGAGCUGGCUAUGAAAGUAAACUUGCCCGAGGUCAGGGUGCAGGUAUGGUUUCAGAACAGGAGAGCCAAAUGGAGGAGGCAAGAGAAACUAGAGGUGACUUCUAUGAAACUUCAAGAUUCCCCGAUACUUUCAUUUAACAGGUCACCUCAACCUUCUGCCAUGAGUGCCAUCAGCAGCAGUCUUCCACUGGACUCCUGGCUCACCCCAUCUAUAUCCAACAGCACAGCCCUGCAGAGCUUACCGGGGUUUGUCACCAGCCCACCAAGCCUUCCAGGCAGUUACACCCCUCCACCAUUUAUCAACCCGGCAUCUGUGGGUCAUGCUCUCCAACCUUUAGGAGCCAUGGGACCACCUCCUCCUUACCAGUGUGGGGCAAGCUUCGUAGACAAGUAUCCACUGGAAGAAGCAGACCCCAGAAAUAACAGCAUAGCCUCUCUGAGGAUGAAAGCAAAGGAACACAUCCAGUCUAUUGGCAAGCCUUGGCAAACCAUAUGAAUAUAGCAUAGGGCAGCCACCAUGCUCUGGGAGAACAUUCCAACAAACUCCAUAUGGGAGAGACUUUUUUUCCCUGAUGGCAAGCACAUUAUGGACCAAUUUCCUAGAAUUGUGUGGCUUUAAGACUGUGGAGUUUGCCAGUUUUGUUGGACUAACGUUAUGUCCUGUAUACAAAUGUAAAUUAUAGUUAGUAUUCAUUAGCAGACAUAAAGGAGUCUGCCUAAAGACUCAAUGAGAAUUCUCCAGUUGCUUUUCACUAUUUAUUUACCAACUUGAAGCCAGGGGUCUUGGUAUCAUGGUAUGUGCCGGGCAGAGCUGUUCUGUAGGGGUCGGAAUGGAGAAUAACAAUACCAGGGACCUGUGCAUGGUGGGAGGAUAGCACCGAGCAGCAACCAGCAGUAGGUAUAGUAGGGCAAGAUGGUGGCCAUAGGACACAACUUAUACAUUAUAUAAUGGGGCCUAGCUUUCCCAAAACAAUGCCACUACUAAAGACAUGGCGCCAUGAUGAGUUGCAGUUUAACAACAAGCUGCAGAUCCCUGCAUUUAGCAUUGGCAAUUUCAUUUAUAUCUACAGGUCUGGACCGAGAUUCAAGAUAGGCCCUGGUAGUCCAAGUACACAUAAGGCCCAAACAGCCCAAUAAAUAUUGACUCUUUUUGGGCAUUUGCCAGAAUCCACAGAUUGCCAGUCCGGCCCUGCGUAUCUACCCCUGAGUAUUACUAUUUUUCUCCAAGAGAGGAUACUGUAUUUCACUAUAACUUGUGAUAUAUUUUACCAAAUAAAUCUCCUAAGGUAUCAUAGGGUAAUAGCAUAUAGGGUGUAACCCUGUCAAAUAGCAUUGGAUGCACCAAUUCAUUCUUCAUCUCACUCAAAGCCGGUGUUUGGGUGGUGCUACAGUUUAGUAUUGGAACUGAUUUGCCCUCAAACAAUAAGAAGGUGCAGCAAUUGGGGGGUAGUGAGUAUCAUAAGGCAAGUUUCAGGGGAAUUGGGCAACUGGAUUUAAUCAUCUAAGGAAAGAACAAAUCUCAAAUGUUUCUACUUUUUGUGACAUUGAAUACCUUCAAUUUGGGGAUAUCCUGACUUUAGUCCCCAAGUACCCAAAUCUUCUUUUCUUCCAUUAAACUGCACGGAUUUGCCUUUCCUUGGGACUAUGAACCAAUGCACAUUCAUGUAACCAUAACAACACCGACCCAAUACAGCACCGAAAUCCCGUCUAGACAAUAUUUUUUGUAAAUAAAGUUGUACAGAAGAAAAUAAAAGAUUUUUUACGUAAACCUUU